AUGUCAGAAUGCACAACAACAACAACAAACGUAACUACUACAAUUCGUUCUGUUACUGAUGAAGUGCCAUCAUUAAUUGCAUCGAAUGAAAAUAAAAAUUUUAAUAGUGAAAAAAAUUCAAAUUCUUCGCAAAAAGAAUUACGUGAACGACGUUCAAGUUCAUCAAGUUUUGCAUCAGAUUCAUCUUCAAGUGAUUCUAUAACAACAUUUACGAUAAAUCAGAAUAAAGAUGAUGAUGAUGCAAGUAGCAAUGAUGAUACAAAUUUAGAUUGGGCAAAUCUUCAACAACGCCUCCAUACAUUAAGACGAUUAAUGCCUAGUAUUUCAUUAUCAUCAUCAGACGAUGGGUCUGGAGUAGUUUUACCAACUGCUGAAUGUCAAGUAUGUCUCGAAGAAUCAUCAAUUCGUCCAUUAUCUUGUUGUUCAUCAACUGUUUGCUCAUCAUGUAUUUAUUCGCAUUUAUCGUCACAUAUCUCUGAAGCCCAAAUUCGUAUAGCAUGUCCAUCAUGUCCACAUAUAUUAACUCGUGAAGAGAUUUUGUUAUUAUUAUUAGAAAAGGAUACUAAUGGAGAAAUAGCCGAACGAUAUAAACGUUUUUAUGCUGAUAUUAACCGUGAACCACAUAUAAAGACUUGUCCACAAUGUUGUGCAAUAAAACAAAUUGAUAAAAAUUUAUUUCAAGGUGUUCGAUUGAGAAAAAAUAUUCCACGACGUGUUACGUGUGAUGAAUGUCAGUUUGAAUGGUGCUUUUAUUGUCAUGCACCAUGGCAUAGUAAAAUGACUUGUAAAGAAUAUCGUGAAGGAGAAAAAUUACUUCGAGUAUGGGCUGCCAAAACCGAUAAUAAUCAACAGAACGCUCAACGAUGUCCAAGAUGCAAAGUUUUCAUAUCAAGAAAUGGUGGCUGUCCACAUAUGAUUUGUUCAAAAUGUCAUUGUGAUUUCUGUUACAAUUGUGGGAAAAAAAGAAUGGGAUUCAAAUUUUUAGGGUCACACGAAAGUCGAUAUUCUCCCUUUGGAUGUAAAUAUAACUUAUAUCCAGAUAAGCCAAUUUUACGUUAUACAGUUCGUGGAUUAGUUGCUGGUGCUGCUACACUAGCUGCUCCUGUAGCAGCUGUGGGUGCUGUUGCAUUGUUAGCUGUAGGAACGACGAUUGGUGCACCAACUUAUGGAACAUAUCGCUUAGUUAAACACAUACGUAAUCGAAGGCGAGCUCGCCAUUUAAGAAGUCAAUCAACACCAUCAACUUUGAGUGAAGAUAAUCCAAAUGAUACUGAAGAUGAUGAUUUCAUUCGAGCGGUUGAAGCAAGUUUAUUAACAUUCAAAGAAGAAAUGGAAAAGCGAGAAGAUUCACCGAGAAAUCAUAUUGAUGAAAGUGACAGCGAUAGUUUGGAUGUUUAUUCAACUCAUGAUCAGCAAUCAGCUGAUUAG